CUCCCUCCUUAUUUCCUGUCCAAUUUCACAUCUCUCUUGUUUUUGAUCUCUUUCUCUAUUUCUCUCUCUCUAUUUCACUUUCUUUUGUUAUGCUUGGAAACUACAGAGAAGUUAUGUGGCCGAGACUUGUGGCCAACAAGAUCCUAAGGAAAAGCGUUGGGAGCAACAGCUUCGUUGCAGAUUUUCCACCAGAUGCUGAUCAGAAGCUUCUCGAGGCUUCUGGAUUAGUCGAUGAACGACUUGCUUUCAACUCUAAAUCCAUCUUCUUCAAUCAAAACAACAACACCACUCAUCUCAACUACAAGUUUCAAGAAAUUGUGCCUCUCCGAGCUUCGAAUGUAUUGGGAUCAGAUAACAACAAGGUCUGUACGAAAUGGAACUCGCUGAUAAGAGAGACUUUGAACAAGAGAGUGGCCACUAGUGAUCAUAGGGACAAGGGCAUUAAUGGUGUUUCACAAGAUUUCAAGUGUAUCGUAAGUAAACAGAUGGUCGGAGUCUUGAUCACUGUUUGGGUCCGAAGUGAUCUCCGGCUGUACAUCCGUCAUCCUAGCGUCUCCUGUGUUGGAUGCGGCAUUAUGGGUUGCUUGGGAAACAAGGGAUCAGUAUCGGUUAGAUUUCAGUUGCACGAGACGACCUUCUGCUUCGUGUGCAGCCAUCUAGCUUCCGGUGGCCGUGACCGAGAUGAAAGGCAAAGAAACUCCGAUGUCACGGAGAUUUUGGCAAGGUCGAGUUUUCCUAAAGGCACACCUUUAGAAGAAUUGCCGAAAAAAAUACUUGAUCACGAAAUUUCUCUACCUGAGGAGAAGACAAGAUUAUUGGUGGAACGAAAAGAAUGGAACACUUUACUCGAAAAUGAUCAGCUAAGUAUGGAGAUCAUGAACGGCCAAAUUUUCAGUGGUUGGCAAGAGGGAAAUGUCAAAUUUGCACCAACGUAUAAAUACAUUCCAAAUUCAGAUUUAUAUUAUGGAUGCAUUGCAUACAAAAAAGACGAGAAAAAAAGAGCUCCUGCAUGGUGUGAUCGAAUAAUAUGGUAUGGUAAUGGAUUGAAGCAACAUGAAUAUACAAGAGGAGAAGUGAAGAUAUCUGAUCACAGACCUGUCAAAGCAAUCUUUACCACAGAAGUUAAAAUUUUACGACAUAGUAAAAAAAUUCGUCAUCUCUUUUUCUCAGACAGAUUUGAAGACAGAAUUGAUGGAUACGAUCAAAUAGACUCGAAAGACUACUCGUGGGUUUCUACGUGAUUUUAUUAAAUUGGGAUGAAAUAUCGUUGUUCGUAUAUAUAGUAUAUACCCCAUUAUAAUUAUAGGGUUUUUACAAAAACAAAUUAAAGUCAUAUGUAUAUAGAGAGUGUUUGUCGAUAUAGAUUAUAAUUUUUAUGAUAAAAAUAUGUUUUGUGAAACACUGACUAAAUAUAACAAUAUCUUGGCG